AUGGCUUCAAAAAAUAAAUGCACAGCCUGUGCAGGUACGGUACCAAUGAAGGAAAUGCUACACUGCAAAUUUUGUGAGUUGGUGAUUCAUUGGAAGUGCGCUUCUAUUUCUGAGCAAACAAUGAAGGAUAUUCAACAAUGUACCGGUUUAAUAUGGUGUUGUAAUGGCUGUGGUGGACAGAUGGAGGCUUUCAAACCUGGCAGUCAGUUAAGCGUGAUGGGGGGCGAUAUAAAAACGAUUCAUGAAAGCAAUGCGGUUAUUAUUAACCAAAUUAAAGAUUUGGGGGAAAAGUUUAAUAAAACGCUUGACAAUGAUGAUUUGAACUUAGCGAUGAAAAAACUAGAAAGCAAAAUAACUAUGCUGCAAGAUGAACUGAAAAAUAUAAAAAACAUACAAGAUUGCAACAACGUCAUUAGUGGUCAAAUAAAGGAGAUAAAAACCAUACUUGAUAAAAAAAUCACGGAAGAUAUUCUGGAUAAAAAAAUAAACUCACUACAAGAUGGUCUUAGAAAGUCGUAUUCAGAUAUUGGAAAGAAAGUUGAAACUGUAAAUAAUGAAGUGAUGAGUAUGAAUGAUGGAAUAAAGGCACUAAAAGAAGAGGUCAUUAGUACAAAGAAAACAAUUCAAUUAUAUAGUGAGGUUGAAGAAAGAUCGUUCUACUUUAUAAUUUUUAAAUUGAAAGAAAGUAACAACCUCAGUUUUAAUGAUAGCAAAAAAGAAGAUGAUGAAAAGAUUAUGCGCAUUCUUAGUGCAAUAACAGAUGAAAAAUUUGAUAUGUCAAAUGUUGUUAGACACUACAGAUUGGGCAAGAGAUCGGCUAAUGUCAGGCCGCUGUUGGUUAGACUGAAGUCAAAGGUUUUGAAAAACUUAAUUAUGGAAAGUCUAAAUAAUUUGAAAAAUUUAGAUGAUGAUCUGAAGGGAAUAGGUAUUGGCCACGAUAUGACAAAAGAUCAAAGAAUCAAGUGUAGAGAAUUGAUAAAUUUAGCGAGGGAGAAGGAGGCAGGUCUCUUAAAUAUAAGAUCAAUGAUUUCAAAAACUGAUACUAUUUAUGAAUUAUUACAUGAAGACUUAGAUAUUCUUGUGUUAACAGAAACCUGGCAUGGUUCAUCAGAUGAUGUUUCGGUUAAAAUAGCUAUGCCCCAUGGAUUCGGGUUUGUUGAUUGUAUGCGAAGAGAGGAUCCAUAUCACGGGGGGUUAAUCAUUUACUUUCGUGAUCUCUUUAAACACAAAAGGAUAGCUUUGCCGGAAUUAUUAACAUUUGAGGCAAUUGUGGUUAUAUUGACAGUAGGCAAAGUUAAUGUUGUACUAUUUGCCAUUUAUCGACCAGGAUCGCAGUUGGUUUCUAAAGCAUUUUUUCAAGAAUUGACCAGUAUCUUGGAGAACAUAAUGUUAUUGAGUGAUCAUGUAAUAUUAUUAGGUGAUUUGAACGUGCAUGUCGAAAAAAAUGAUGAUGUUAAUGCCAAGAUAUUAUCGAAUGUGUUUGACAUGUUUUCAAUGCAAAAUGUUAUAAAAGAACCUACACAUAUGCAUGGUGGAACGUUGGACUUGGUGGUACCAGUAAUAAAUAUGCCUGUUACUCGUGUUAAGGUAUAUCCUAGUGGUGUCAUUUCUGAUCACAGUUUGGUUUCAUUUUGUUUGCCAAUAGUUUGUUCCCCUGUGUUAAAGGUUAAAAAGACUGUACGGGCAUGGAAGCGUGUGGAUGAAAAUCAUUUUCUUACCUUGAUUAAUGGGCAUGGCGUACCUUCUUUCAGUUGUAAGGUUAAAGAACAUCAAGUAUUCUCGAAUUUUUUGGAGUGCUCAAGUGAUGAUGCUAAGGCAGUUAUUUUAAAAGCCCCUGCGACAACAUGUAUGCUAGAUCCCAUCCCGACGAGUCUUUUCAAAAAACACAUUGAACUGUUUUUGCCGUACUUGACGGAUUUGAUCAAUAUGUGUUUGAAAACUGGAAGUUAUCCAAUGAUUUUUUAA